UUGCCUCACACGUACCGACCUAAAAUUAUAGUUAGUUGCCUCAUCGGAUAUUCCGAGAUAACGGAGUCAUUGCUUUUGUCACGAGCAAUGGACCAUCCAACGGUGCUGACGACGAAGACGCUCGGCCAUUGAGUUUCAAGCCGAACGAGAGCGCCAUCAUUUUUUUUCGAGUUUAUCAAACCCUGGAAAAACGAACUUUUGGUUCGGACGUCGAACUGAACGAGUAUACAGUGAUUAUGCGAGAUUGUGCUGUGUUUUUGUGUCCUCGCGUGUAAACAAGUUCGUGAUUACAAUACAAUUAACGGAUAUUUGUGCUGUCUGCAUCGCUACGUUUUUACGAUGACGGAUAUGUCUGCGUGGACUGAAACACCAAAACUGCAAUGUUAUGUGGAUUUGUUCUGCUGAGUCAAGAGUGCUUGGCGAUUUUUAAUGGAAUUCGAUUUUCAGUCAAUUCGUUACAGAGAACGGUGAAUUAAUGACGGGACAGUAAAUACUUUCCGAAGGCAUCGAUUGUAACGAGGAAUUUUCCUAUUUUUAUUGUUCGCAAAGUUUUAGAGGGGCCGAGAAUUCAGAAUGAUUUUUCUAACCCACGAGUUCUUGAAAGACUCUUCCGGAUGCAGCAUUUCGUGAAAUCGGUGUCGUGCCCGCCGAGUGAAUUCCGCACUCGCUUGAAGGACUUUGCGACGAUGAACCUUUCGAACUAACAUUCGAGCAACGUCGCAAGCGUGAUGUCUUCUUUAACCCCGAGUAAUUCCACAGACAUUGUGAUCAUUAUAAAAUCAGUGACGACAGUGUGGUGCAGAGAAGACGGCGAAUGUAGAAGGGACACGAGCGUUGACGUAUUUUGAAAAAUGUCAGCGAAGAUGACGACGUGAAAAUGUCAGGUCAUCCGGCCUGAUUAGUGACUCUGCUUUCAAAUGACUGAGCAGCUGAAAAAUCGAGCUUAAGUGUACGUGCGCCCAAAAAUCGAAGAAUUUUCGUGUGCACUUUGUAGAACGUGAGCAUUGGGAGCAAAUCUAUCGCAAGAGCGAAUAAGGACUGUGCGACUAAGAGAAUAAUCCGAUGCGGUCAUGCUGAACCCGAUGUUCUGACUGCCUAUGGAUAUAUUCGGACGGUGCAACGGUUCUGGAGGUAUCGCCUCAAUAGCUGGUAGCGGAGGUGUGUCAGGAAGUCUCAUAAGUGGCGGCAGGGUGGUGACUGGAACCGGUAACGUAACCGGAACCAUCACCAACACCGGAACUCGAAGUGGCAACGAAACGACGGUGGCUCAAAGCGCUGCCGCUGGAACCAGGGCAUCCAGUGGUGGUCCAGGGAGCGGCGGUGCUUCCGGAAACGCGACGGGUAGUGCAAGGAUGCAGUUGACCGGUGCAUCAGCCCCGGGUGCUGCGGCUUCGCCCGAGUCCGGGGUGUCGCCGCUGGCCGAUGCUUACACCAAGAUGACCAGUGACAUACUCACGGAGAGGACGCUCGGGGACUUUGUCAGUGAGCAUCCUGGCGAACUGGUCAAAACUGGCUCACCACACCUCGUCUGCACCGUUUUGCCACCCCAUUGGAGGUCUAACAAGACCCUCCCUGUCGCUUUCAAGGUGGUUGCGCUCGGGGAUGUGGGCGAUGGCACUCUGGUCACUGUCCGAGCCGGGAACGAUGAAAACUGCUGUGCCGAGCUGAGGAAUUCGACGGCGUUGAUGAAAAACCAAGUCGCCAAAUUCAACGAUCUCAGAUUCGUUGGGAGGAGCGGUAGAGGCAAGAGUUUUACCCUGACGAUAACAGUCUCGACGACCCCACCUCAAGUUGCGACUUACACGAAGGCGAUAAAAGUUACAGUGGACGGGCCCAGAGAGCCCCGAUCCAAGACCAUGUUUUCUUUUUUAGGGCAUCAGCAGCAAUUUCACGCGUUUGCGUUCGCCUCUCAACGCGGUACACCCUUCUUCGCAUCGCCCUUGGUCGACUCGCUGCAGCCUCUGCCAAAUCCUCUUCAACCGUUACCGAAUUCGCUGCAACCGAGAGAUCCAUUAUCAUCUUUUCGUCACGCGAUGCCUGGCAACUGUCAAAACAUGUCGCAGUUUGGACUCACGGCCGGGAAUUCUUGGGGCUACGGGACUACCGCCGGAUAUGCCGGUUAUCUUCCUGGUCCGCUUUCAUCUUGCGCGGCACAGGCAUCCUUCCCACCGCCGCCACCACCUCCGCCGCCGGCCGCACCCCCGCAAUCCGCAGCCGCAGCUUCGCUCGCGACUUUCACUGGGACUGCGGCUAUGUCUACCCCUGCAGCACCAGACUCCACCGCUGGCUCGACCGUCGCUUCGACUACCACCGGAAGGACGGCCCAGCAGGAUGUCUUUUCGGCAGUGUCUUCCUUGGUGCCAGACACGACGACGCCGGGUCAAUCUGACCCUCUCGAUCCACUGACUAGUCUAAUGACCGGAACAACGAGUCAGAGGUACCAAGAAUAUGUGUCCCCAAGAUCUCUCUCGACGGAUUCGAACACGACCGACAGCCCCGUCCACGAGGAAGGCUUCGGAAACAACUACGGCAACUACUUUCCCACCCCUGGGGUAUUGCCGAGCAUACUUUAUUCUCAGAUAUACAGCAAUCAAUUUCAGAACUCUGAGAGCCCGGAGCAAACAGCAGUUGCGGAAAGUUGCAGCGUCAGACAAGAAGAGGUGAGGCCGGACAAUAGUGUCUGGCGACCUUAUUGACUGCACUUUAACACGACAUCGAAUACGUCUGCUAAGCUCGAGGAGAAUGCUUAUGAAAAAUUCGAAGCUUAUCAGGACGUAGUAUGAUGUGCGUUUAACUGAAAAUCAAUUUUUUUUCGACCUCCAGAAAUCGGAGCUCUGAGAAUGGAUUAUUUUUCAUUGAUCAUUGAAUUAUCAUUUGAAACAUUUUUCGGCCUCGUUAGCUCCAGUUGAUUCAAUGAAAAAGUGCUGAUAAAACACAAUCACCGUUUAUCUGAUCCCGAGGAUCUCGUUCGCGUUCAUUAAAUCAUAGGAAAAAAAAAUUAUUUCGUCGGAAUAAUUUAUCGAAAGUUCCCAAAAUAAUGGGAUGUUGUUUCAACAGAAAAUGUAAGAGAACUGGACGAAAUAUUCGAUCUGAGGCUCGCUGAGGUCCAGCCUCAUUUUAUCUGGUGUUAUAAAAAGUGACUAUCAAAAUUUCAUUCGUGAAUUCGCGGUAUGGACGAUCGCUAUAAAAGUGGGUCUAAGCUUUGGGCAUUAAAAUAUGUACUCAAGAAAAUUCUUCCGUUUUUCCUACUUCCGGCGGAAGUGAAAAACGAGAAAAACCUUUUCCACACGACUCGUAACGAUUUGUUCUGAUGAAGAGGGAAACGAACAGAGACUCUCGUGCGUUGUGUGUGAUCUAGUAGAUAGACAUAAUUGUUUGUAUUAAUCACGAUCGCGAUGGACGAAAAAUGUUACGAAAGAACGAGAGAGAGAGAGAGAGAGAGGAAUAAAAAUUCGACAAAUUGAGAAAAGCGUUGCUGAAAUACGCGAAGAUUUUGGAUUUUUUAAUCAAUCGCUCAUCCUGUGACAAUUGGAUAGAGAAUCCAUCGAGCAUUUUCGACUUUGUAAAUCACGCUUAAAACACACGAUAAUAAUGCGCGAAGUGAUAAAAAAAAACGUAAGAGAAAACAAACAAAAUUAACGAAAAUACAGUGAGAGUAACAGAGUAACGCAACUAGUCAAGACAAUGUGAGAGACUGAAAGCUGAAAUGCUAACGAAAAAAGAAAAACAGAAAAUGAAAAUAAAGAUUAUAAUGUAGUAGUUACAAAACGGGCUUGAGGAGGAGAUUACACCAAGACUUUUGAAAUCUCGAAUUUUCGUAUAAAAUCUCUCUCGAUGUAACAAAUCGAAUUCGUUCAAAAAAUAUUUUGAUUCCUGAACGUUGUUUACAAAAGUUUCCAAGUAAAUUUCCACAUUCUACGCGAAAUCAAUUUCCCUUUGUUUUGUCCUACGAAAUUCAACGUGAAAUCGGAAGUUUUUGCUUAAUCUCCUCUGAACGACGACUGUAAAUUAUUGUAAAUAGAUAUUGAUCGUGUACGAUUCACCAUGUUCCCCUGCACGACAUUGGAGUGGUCGAAGGGAGCGAAUAAUUCACGUGACAAAAUAACAUUUAUUUAUGUUUCAUAGUAUAAUGAUGGAAACGAUAUAGAAUUUGUUUUGUUCCCUAUGCGAUUUCCAGUUGAGCGAACAAUCAAUUUAUUCAUUUCGUGCACGUAUGCGAUUUUUAUAUCGAACGAAUUUUUUACGUCUCUAUUAAACGAACAUUUGUUUUUGUGAUGAACGAUCGAAUGAUAUAAUUCUGUCAUUCUAAUGUGCCAUUGAUGCUUUAUUAUUAUUAUUAUUAUUAUUAUUAUACUCGAAGUUUUUGUUAUUAUGAUCAUUAUCGAUGUUGGUAUCGAUCGAUAUUAAUAUUAUUGAUUAUUAUUAAGCAAAGUAUCGAUAUCCGUUAGUCCUGUGGGCGCUCGUGCAAUAUUUUUCAAAUUUUUCUCAAACGAGAACAAUUUGCAUCUGCCAAACCAAAAGGACUCGCAAUAGGAGAUGCAUGUUUUCUCGUAUUUUCACCGUCCACAACACGAAAAUCGUUGGCAUCAUUGUUUUUCAAGUAAAUACAUGAAUUUCGGCUAUUAAGAUCUUAAAAACGAUCACGUCAAACCCCCGGAUUAUUGAAAUCGAAAACAUGAAGAAACUAACGAUUCGCAAAUCAUCACUGGUACUAUCAUUUUCCGACGAACACAUAUCUACCGAACUAUUGUUAUUGUAGUUUUUGACCGAGUCGAAAUAAAGUGUAUUUAAAAAUA